AUGAUUGCAGAUUCAAAUGCUCACCCUAGACCGAUGUCAUACGCUGAUGUCACUCCGGAUACAUCUAGCUGUCUUCGACACGGCAAUUCUGGACAAUCAGGUUCUCAGCAGUCUCAAACAUUACAACAGAGAUCAGGUCUAGCACAGAAGCAAGGUCCUGCCUCACCUGUUCGCCAUUCUCCUUCUAUUCCCACCACAUACCCUCCAUCUCAUCCGUUAGGCACCGGAGCCCUACACAAUAAUCCUUACGGGCAACCCCAGGAGUCGCCUUACUACUCCACCCAUCCUUCAUUCACAGCAACCCCAGCUUCUGUUCAUUUUCCCUCCAGUGGGCCACCUGACCUCAUGGCAUCUACCGCCCAAAUGCAGAGACCCCCUUACCCUCCCAUGUACCACACCCCUCAAUCAAGCUCACCGGCUUCGGUAGCUUCUCAACCUCAAGACCAACAUGGACGGAACCUCUACGCGCAGUCACCACACAUGCCACCCCAAAUGUUCUACCAACCAUAUGCGCCUAUGAAUCCAGUUCAACCGUCACCAUAUGCGACUCACCACUCCCCUCAACAGCAUCCUCUGACAACACAGUCAUUGAUGAUGCCUUCUCAUAAAGCUCCGGUCCAGAUGCCACCCCAUCACCCUCCUCACAUCCCCACAACCGCCAUGUCCACCAGCCCGAUCAUGAAACUCGAUACCUCACAGCACCCCAAUCUGUCACAGCAACAGAUGCUGAACCCGCCUUCAGCAAAUAGCGCCCACGGAAUAUCCGCCAACAACCCCCUCGCAAGCCCACAACAUGCAGGUUCCAGCUCCAGCGCAGCCCCAGGCCCCAUCCCCGCCACGACCCCGCUAGUAGUCCGCCAGGACAGCAACGGCGUGCAGUGGAUAGCCUUUGAGUACUCCCGAGACCGCGUGAAGAUGGAGUACACGAUCCGCUGUGACGUGGAGUCCGUGGUAGUGGAUACGCUAUCUCAAGAUUUCAAGACUGAGAACUGUGUCUACCCGCGCGCCUGUUGCAGUAAGGACCAAUACCGCGGAAACCGACUGGUUUACGAGACAGAGUGCAACGCAGUUGGCUGGGCGCUGGCCGAGCUGAAUCCCGCUCUUCGAGCUAAGCGGGGUCUGAUUCAGCGUGCUGUCGACAGCUGGCGCAAUAGCAACCAGGACCCGAGACUGCGCAGCAGACGUGUCCGUCGUCAGGCGAAGAUGAGUCGCAGACAGUCAGUUCCGGCUCAGUCCCAUAUGCCCCCUGGGGCGGGGGCUCCUUUGCCUGGGCCUGGAAUGGCGGCCAUGCCUGGUCCUCCUCCUCCUCGGCCGAAUCUGGGUCCUAUGUCCAUGGGCCCACCGCAGAUGCACCACCACCAUCAACCUGAUGGUAGCCCCAACGAAGAAGUUAGCGGCACCGAAUACCCGGGCAACCGAGUGGACACAUGUCUCCCACAGCCCUCCGACCUCCGACCAGCCCACAUCUUCCACGAAGCACCAACAUCCUUAACCAGCUCAAAUGGCCCCUCCAUGCCCCCUCUCCUCCACGAAACCAAUAUCGCCUCCCUAUCCCGCCACCCCACAAUCGCAACCUCAGCCCGCGCGUCCGACCUCGACCACGACAUCGAAACCCAAGGCCCAACCAACGAUGACCUCUUCAGCCACCUUCCAGACGGCAAACGCCGCAAAUUCAUCCUAGUCGACGAUCCGCAUCGCGGCUGCCGCGUGCGCGUCAAAGUCGUCCUCGACAAAGUCAACAUGGACGAAAUCCCAGACUCCUACCGCCAACACAAUGCCGUCUACCCACGCACCUACUUCCCGAUCCAGAUGCGCGACGAGAACCGCGUCGUCCCCGCCAAGCGGUUCUUCCGUGACGACACCGAACAAGACGAUAACGAUCCCGACGCAGCGACGGUCGGCCGCACCACCGUCCCCGCCCCGUCCCUGGACCCAGAACUCAGCACUGACAUCGAGGUGCCGAAACUCUCGCGCAAGAGACAUCAUAAGGAAUUACUCCUCAAUGACCUCGGCUACCGCAUGAGCUGGAGCCAGAGUCGCGUGUUCUCGGGCCGUAUGCUGUUUCUGCAGCGAUCGUUGGAUGCGUACCGCAAUAAAAUGCGCAGUAGUAUGCUGGCCGCGGGACAGGACUCAGCGGAUAUUCCGGAUCAUUUUGAUACGCGUCGUGGGAAGAGACGGUUUUUGGAGCGCGGUCGGAGGUUGGAGAGUGAGAAUGCUGCGCAGCGGAGUGUAGAGGAGGUAGAGGGCUAG